AUGGAAGUCUGCAGGUGUCACCACGGUUACCUAAUCUCUCUCCUCCUUUUCCUGUUCCAUUCAGAGACAGCCUGCUACCCCUUGGGAAAGAGACCCUGCGAGAUGCAAGCCUUCAGAAUCUGGGAUGUCAACCAGAAGACCUUCUACCUGAGAAAUAACCAGCUAGUUGCUGGACACUUGCAAGGACCAAAUACUAAAUUGGAAGAAAAGAUAGAUGUGGUGCCCGUUGAGCCCCGUGCUAUGUUCCUGGGGAUCCAUGGGGGGAAGCUGUGCCUGGCCUGUGUCAAGUCUGGUAAUGAGAUCAAGCUCGGGUUGGAGCCGGUGAACAUCACUGACCUGAGCAGGAACAAGGAGGAGAACAAGCGCUUCGCCUUCAUCCGCUCCGACAGCGGGCCCACCACCAGCUUCGAGUCGGCCGCCUGCCCCGGCUGGUUCCUCUGUACAGCGCUGGAGACCGACCAGCCCGUGGGCCUCACCAAUACGCCUCAGGAUGCUGUCCAGGUCACCAAGUUCUACUUCCAGCAGGACCAGUAGUGGUGGCGUUUAGCCUCCCUGACCCCGCUCCCAGCACAUCCAUGACUCCAGAGAUGCCUCUCCCUCCCACGCGGGGGGGCUCCCGGUGGUGGCAGCGCUCAGCGGGGCGUCCUUGGCCGGGGCGGGGGGGCCCUCGGAAGGAGGUCCAGGAGCCCUGGGAACAGCUUCCUCUACUCACCCAGCCUCCACGAGGCCUCUGCCAGGUCUUUCUAAAGUGCAGAUGGAAUCACAGCCCUGCUCGAAGCCCUCAGGGUCAAGUCCAGGCCCCCAGGCCAGCCCUGGCUCCUCCUCCCCCCUCACCUCACUUCCUGGCCCCAGACCCCGCAGGCCGCUCGCUGACCUCCCCCCAGGGGGCUCCCAUUCCUCUUUUUGCAAACUGGUGCUGCUCCAGGGGCAAGAUUUUCAGGCUCUGUGGCAAAAUGGAAAAUAAGGGUUUCCUGGUAUUUUUUUUUUUUUAAUUAAGCCAGCUUUGAGAGAGAGUCCUUUAUUUGGAGAUGAUGUCCUUUCUGGAAGCGGGUAGAA